AUGGAUGUGCUCAGCCCCUUACAGGGCAACAACACCACGUCGUCCCAGGGUCCCUUCGGGACACGCGCCAACGCUACUGGCAUCUCCGACGUGACCUUCAGCUACCAAGUGAUCACCUCUCUGCUGCUGGGCACGCUCAUCUUCUGCGCGGUGCUGGGCAAUGCGUGCGUGGUGGCCGCCAUCGCCUUGGAGCGCUCCCUGCAGAACGUGGCGAACUAUCUUAUAGGCUCGCUGGCCGUCACAGACCUCAUGGUGUCGGUGCUGGUGCUGCCCAUGGCCGCGUUGUACCAGGUGCUCAACAAGUGGACUCUGGGACAGGUCACCUGUGACCUGUUCAUCGCCCUCGACGUGCUGUGCUGCACCUCGUCCAUCCUGCACCUGUGCGCUAUCGCGCUGGACAGGUACUGGGCCAUCACAGACCCCAUCGACUACGUGAACAAGAGGACACCCCGGCGCGCAGCUGCACUCAUCUCGCUCACCUGGCUCAUUGGCUUCCUCAUCUCCAUCCCGCCCAUGCUGGGCUGGCGCACCCCGGAAGACCGCUCGGACCCCGACGCGUGCACCAUCAGCAAGGACCACGGCUACACUAUUUACUCCACCUUCGGCGCUUUCUACAUCCCGCUGCUGCUCAUGCUGGUUCUCUACGGGCGCAUCUUCCGAGCCGCGCGAUUCCGCAUCCGCAAGACAGUCAAGAAGGAGGAGAAGAAGGUAGCCACCAACCGCCUUGGGGCGUCGCCAGCCCCGCAGCCCAGAAAGAGCGUAAAUGGUGAGCCGGGUAGCAAAAACUGGAGGCAGGGCAUGGAGAACAAGGCAACAGGGGCUCCGUGCGCCAAUGGAGCCGUGAGGCAGGGCGAAGAAGGCGCCGCCCUGGAGGUGAUCGAAGUGCACCGGGUGGGCAACUCCAAAGAGCACCUGCCGCUGCCCAGCGAGGCCGGUGCUGUCCCCUGCGUCCCCGCCUCCUUCGAGAAGAAAAAUGAGCGCAACGCCGAGGCCAAGCGUAAGAUGGCCCUGGCCCGCGAGAGGAAGACGGUGAAGACGCUGGGCAUCAUCAUGGGCACCUUCAUCCUCUGCUGGUUGCCCUUCUUCAUCGUGGCCCUGGUCCUGCCCUUCUGCGAAAGCAGCUGCCACAUGCCCACCCUAUUGGGCGCCAUAAUCAACUGGCUGGGCUACUCCAACUCUCUGCUCAACCCUGUCAUUUACGCCUACUUCAACAAGGACUUCCAAAACGCAUUUAAGAAGAUCAUCAAGUGCAAGUUCUGCCGCCGAUGA